CUUUAUCCAAAAUAAGGUUGUCGUUUGGUUGGUCAGUUGCAGUCGGUUGGUUGAGGCUAUAUUUGGUAAACGGAAGAUUUCACACAGGUUACCAUGAGCCCUUGUUGAGAGUUUACAUAACAUAUGAAUUAACACCCCCCCCCCCCUCCUUAAAAAAAAAAAAGAAAAAUGGAGGAAGACAUGGAGUUUGAAACCACAGGGUUUCACCCACACAGAGUGAAGGAUGAAAAGCCGAUGUUUGACUCCGAUUACUACGCAGCAGAGGCUCUGGCCUGUGACAUGGAUAUUCCUGUGAUUUACAGUACUGGGAGGAACAAGGAACCAAUAGAGGAGUGGUUAGAGAAAAAUAAACCCUCUAUGAUUCACAGAGAUGAUGGAUUUGGUUGGAUUCACGUCAUCCGUUCAGAGAAGACAAAAAACAUAAACUCGGAUGAAGUGGACGUUUUGGGAUUACAAGAGGCAUGGGAAAACCUGAAAGCAUCAAAAAGAGAUAUAAGUAAAGACAAAAUUUUUGAACUAGCAAACAAUUUUAGAGUUACUGCUGGUAAGUGGAUGUUUUGGGUGGCAACUGGAGGAAAGGGAGAUUACUUGUGGUCCUUGGUUGCCAAAGGUAUUGCAAAUGGGAAUACUUUGGCUAAGCAGGCCAAAAUCAGUGCUUGUGAACAGGGUAAAGAGGGUCCUGAUAAAAACGAACAUGUAGUAUGCAUCUAUAAUGACAACUUUCUGGAUAAAGACCAAGUAUUUGAAAGUGAAAGAACAAUAAGAAGCCUGGGAAUCAAAUGUCAGCUUCAGUACAAACCAGAUGUGUUCACCUACCUGGGAGUCUACCGAAAAAAUCCUUGGAAUCUUAGACCCACUAUUUACAAUAGCAACUUUGAUGUCAUAAGAAAUCAGUCUAUUAUUGAAGAAGUGCAUGGUAGAUUUUAAAAGGUGGAAGUGAAAGGAGACUAGUGAUUCAUUUUUUUUUUAAUCUUAAAUGCAAUGAGAAGUACAUUGUAAUUUGAUUUUUAAGGAUGUUGUGAAGCAACAAAAUAGUUAGUUGAUUAAGAGUUAUUAAAUUAUCAUAAGAUGAUCCAAAAAGACUGUCAAAAUGAUAUUUACUUUAAAAAAAAUAUUUCGCCUAGGAUCUAGAGGGUGUAUAUGUCUCAGACUUUCUUAAACUUUUCAGAUUUUACAUAUGCUGCACUUCCUACUUAGCAGAGUGUCAAUUAAGUUCUAAAUUUUGAAUUUACCAGGCAUAUAUGUAAGAUUACUCAGUACAGCUACUGGUAAAUUUUGCAGAGAACUUCAACAUGAAUUGCACUUUUUUUUUCUGAGGAGAAAAAAAUAUUUACCCACAAAAUUUAAUAAACUUUUGAAUAUAGGAGUAAGAUACAUGUACCCAUCUGUCACACUGGUUCUACUGAGUAACAUUUUUCUAUCUGACAAAUGAGUGUAUGAAUACAAUCAAGUAAAGUCAA